AUGAAGCAAGUGAUUCCUUACUUAAAUCCCCUUGGUGAGGAGUACCCCCUGGGCAUAUCACAUCCUCCAGUGUGCCAGCUGGGCAGAACCUCCCACAUAAACAAAAGGAUGGACACAAUCGUCCCUCUGAACAUCUCAGGCUGUCCUACUUGUCUGGCCCAGUUGUUCUCCUGCAGUGCCAGCGGGGCAAGAGCUCCAGAGUGCCUCUGCGGAGACCGUACAACCUUCCAGAAGGACAACCAUCUCAGACUUCUGCUGAAAGAUUCAGUAACCUGUACCGACCUGCAGAAACAGCGUGAAGUCAUCCAUGCAGCAGUUGGAGAAUCUUUAGUGUUGAACUGCACCUACAACUGCUCCUCUGGAUUUGUCCGUGGACACUGGGUCAAACUCCCAGACUGUCCUCAUUGUCCUAGGCCAAGGGAAACAAAAAAUGUCACAAAGAAUGGUGACCUCUGCACACUACCAUUGUAUUUUCCACAUCUGUCCAGGGAAGAUUUUCAGUACAACUAUACCUGCUUUUCUGAAGAUCAUGAAAGUGAACAGUUCCCAAGCAAGAUAGAGUGUCUGGUAUCACUGCAGGCACAAGCUCGACCUAGUGCCUCGGACACAACGGACACUACUGAUGAAUCGAUGACAACGUUGGGUAACCACGAGGACUCAAUAAUAGAUCACGAGAAAUUCACAGGCGUCAAGGUGUUGGCAACAGUGACCGUUAUUGUGGCUGCGGUGUCGGCAGCCGUGGCUGUCUCCUUAUGUAUGAGCCGCAAUCGAUAUUGCAAAGGAAAACCUGCUGUUAUCUGUACAGGAUAUGUUUUUUUUUCUUCAUACAAUGUGCACAACAUCAAGAGAAGGAUCAGGUGCAUGCUCAACCAAUUGUGAGAGGGUGGCACUGCGAAUAACUCCGGCUGAUUGCCAGAGUGAUCAUGAGGUUCCUUACGCUGACAUCAUGAUUACUAUGCGAGGGGCCAGCACACCAGAGCUCACACAGAUCUCCUACCUGGCUCCGGGGGACCAUAGAGAGAGGUGGAGAGAAGAGGCAGGCCCUGGCCCCAGCACCGGCCCUGAAGCUAGAUCCCACCUGCAGGCCUCCCGCUCAGCUGACAGACUGCAUGUUCAGCCCCGAGAAGUCUCAAGGAAGAUGAGCAAAACUCUGAGUAUGCUGUUAUCACCUACUCUUAACCAGUGGGGAUGGAGAAAGGGUAAAAGAGUGAACAAGAGAGAGCAAGUGAGACAUGACCAUCACUGUACUCAUGUUAAUAUUCCCUGGCUUUGUUUGCUUUUUUUUUUUUACUGUAGCAAGUUGUAUCUAUAACCGUAUAAAAAGUUAAAUGAACUGUCAUCCAAUAAAGUCAUACUUUUG